GGGCCUCUCCAGCAGCACUGCCAUGGGGUACCUGCCCCCUGCCCAGAGCUGAGCUGUCCUGCAAGGGGACAGCAGGGAAAUGGUGCAUGUCUCCUGGGCUGUGCAGCCUCAGUGGCUGGAUCCUCUGGAGCUUCCUGCUUCAGGGCUGGAGGUGGAGGGUGCCUGGGACAGCUUUCCUGGCACACAGGGCAUGCUCAAGCCCUUCCCACCAACAUGAGGUGUCUGAUGUGAAGGGGGCUCCAGUGGCAGCUGUAGUGGGGCUGGUGCAGAGAAGGCUGGGGAAGCAUCCAGGGUGUUUCCUGGGAUGGACAGUCACAGGGGCAGCCCGGAUGGUGGUGGCUGCAUGCCAGGAACCUGGGUGGCAGAGGGCCCAGGCUAUCUCCCCUGCCCUGAGGGCUGGCACAUAGCCAGGGUCCAGUGCUCAUCCAGCAGCACAAGGCUGCAGAGGUGCCUGGGCUCCUCAGCCUGUAGGAGGUGGCCAAUACAAGCACAAUGGAGCAGCCUGGAGUGGUGUGGGAGCAGUGAAAACCCCGCGGCAAGAAAACAGAAGGCGCCACAAUUGCGACAGAGCUUGUUCUUCACAGGCUGGCAGCACCUUGCCGUGAGAGGUGAUGAGCAUCGCUGGCUGGAGGGAAACAGGGUGUGCUGUGACAGCACAUCUGGCUGGGCUCAUCCUGUGUCACCCUUGGCACCUGCAGGACACCCAAGAGGACUUCAGUGAACAUCUCCCCUGUGCUGUCCAGCAGCUCUAACUCCCUCUGUCAGCUGCCUCAGCCACAGCCUCUCAAGCCUCUCUGCCUCUCAAGCUGUGAAAUACAUGGUGGAGGGGUUUUUGCCGUGCACUGAGCCCCAGGCUCCCUCUCCUCGCAGGGUGCCAGCACUAGGAAAUGCCCCCUGAGCACCUGGAGUCCCCACGCUGGGCUGUGUGGUGCUGAGCACAGAGGCUCCUCAGUUCUGUCCCUCAAUGGCUGGCACUGGGAGGAAUCAAUCUCUGGGGCUUCCAGUGGAGACAACAGGCCCCAGAAGGGGUCAGCACCCCACACCAGCUGCCUCUAGGAGAGCAAACCUUUGUGGGGGAGAAGUCUUCUCUGGGAAGAAUAGAAGGGGCUCAUCAGGGAGAGGGGUCAUGGACACCCCACUCCUCUUCCAGAUUUCUCUUGGGUUCAGGGGUGCUGUGGCUCUAACCUGCCUUUGCCAGGAACCUGCUGCAGGCCUGGGCAUGGGACACUGCUCACCACUUUGUGUCUCCAGGUAUUUUCUUGGCUUAUCAGUUCCCUCUCCCAGCACCCAGCUCAGUCAUCGGUGGUGCUGGAGAGCAGCUCCCGGUCUGGCAGACUCGACACAGCUGGGUAGAUGUGUGUCCCACAGGGAGAUCCCUGCUGCCUUUGUUACUGCCCCCUCCUGAGCGGCAGGUUUACUUUAAAGACCCUGGCUUCCUUUUAUUACUUCCCCUCUCAGAUUUCAGCGGGCUGCAAGGGCUAUUUUUAGUAGCCUGCCUUCUAAAAAUAGCCGCGGGCUGUUUGGAGUUGCGUCACAAGGGGUGCCGCGAGUGGCUUGGCCUCUGCGCCCCAGGCAGGGUACAAAAGGAGGCCCGGAGCAGCAGGGUCAGCAGGUUCAGCGCCAGCCGCGGAGGCAGCGGGUCCCUGGCAGCCUCAGGCCAGCCCAGCCCCGCAGUAUGACCAUCUUCUGCAGCCACUGCCACCGGCCCCUGCAGGCGGAGACCAGCUGCCUGCCCACCAGGGCCAAGCAGGCGCCCAGCGCCUCCAGGCCCUUCAGGUCAACCAAGAGCGCCUCCAAGGCUCGCCGGGACCAGAUCAACGCGGAGCUGCAGGCGCUGCGCUCGCUGCUGCCCAUCUCGGCCCAGGAGAAGGAGCGCCUCUCCUACCUGCACACCAUGGCCCUGGUGUGCCUGCGCCUGCGGGGGGCGCAGCUCUUCCCUCCAGGCUUGGCUCCUCCUGUGGGACCGGCCCUUGGCACAGAACUGCUCUCCCUGCUCCCGGGGUUUCUGCUGGUGCUCUCAGCAGACAACAAGCUGGUCUACAUCUCAGAGAACGUGGCUCAGGUGCUGGGCCUCUCCGUGGUGGAGCUGCUCGCCCAGGGGGACACGGUCUUUGACAUCCUGGACGGGCGAGUGGGAGAGGAUGUGCACAAGAAGCUCCUCCUUGCCCGGGAGGAGCCUGGCAGGGAAGUCACGUUUGUCAGCGAGAUGCGCACGUCCAAGGCCUUCCGGCUGCAGCACGGUGGGAACCGGGCGGUGGCAGUGUGCGGGCGCUUCGUGGCCCUGGGCUGGCCACCCUCCCCCUCCACCACGGCCUUCCUGGCCCUCUGCACGCCCGUGCUGCAGUCGCCCACAGAUGGUGAAGCUGAUUCCCAGGACGACAUAUUCCAGAGCAUGCACCUCCUGGACAUGACAUUAAUUGAUGUCACGGAGAGUGUCACCUACCACCUGGGCUACCACCGGGAGGAGCUGGUGGGUCAGUCGUGGUACAGCCUCCUGCAUCCCGAGGAUGCUGAGCUGGCCGCCGCCCAGCACAGGGCCGUGGCGCUGGGGCCCGGGCCCGCCGCGGGGAGCGCCGUGCUGCGAGUGCUGCGCCGGGACCGCGCCUGGACCUGGCUGCGCGUGUGGGCGCGGCGGGACGGCGGCUGCAUCACCUGCGCCUGCCGCUGCCUCAGGGAGGAGGAGGCGGCCCACCUGCGCGCCCGGCAGCCCCGCGCCGCCGCGCCGCCCGCGGGCCGGUCGCUGGGCCGGCUGGCCGAGCAGCUCCGCGCCCUGGCCGACAGCCUGUCACCGCCCGCCGCCGCGCCGCCGGCUCCGCGCCGAGGAAGGCCAGGACGAUGGCUCCGCCUGCCUCGGGAGCUCCCUGCUGCAUCCCCCGCAGUUCCUCCGGUUUCCCUUUGAACAGAAGAUGGGAUGCGGCGUGCCGGGUGUGCUCUCACAGGUGUCGGGUCUGCAGGGAUGCUGACCGCCCUCGGCCCGCCGGUCGCCCCUCACGGGAGGCCGUGCAGACCCUCCUCUCACACAUGAGAAACUCUGCCCAGGCUGGAUAAACCCGCAUCGGGACCGCUCAGUCCAGCAGCGAGACACGGACCUUGCACUUAAAACACUUUCUGCUUCGAAAGUUCGAGCAGUUCGAGCCCGCGGGCCUUUGUGUACGUGACGCAUUCCUCAGAGCGGAACGGGUUUUGCUGAGGGGACCCAAACCCCACACGGGCAAUAAAGGCCGCUCCUCACGUGACCGCCGGU